UCAAACCAUUCAACUCACUUCAUAUUUCACUCUCCACCGUUGAAGAGUGUCUGAGAGGAACCCAGAAAACCAAGAGUUUCCCACCAUGACUGAUCACCACCAAGACCCCAAUAAGCCUCAAGAUCUGCCAUCUUCUUCUUCUUCUGAUAAGAUUCCCAGCAACGACGCCAACUUCUCGGGCCAAAAGUUUCGGUACCCGAACCCGCCGGAGACUACGAACCCGGACCCGGCGACGCUCCGUGAGCAAUGGAGGUUUGCCAUCAGACAGUACAGCAAGUGGUACUCCCACGCCUGGGGCACUGCCAUUCUGGCCGGGGUCUCCUUCUUCGCCCUCGGUUGGAUCAUCAAGGGCUCCAAUCCCCUGCCUUCUUUCCACGAUAAGCCCCCUGAGCCUUCCACUUCUUCUUCUUCUUCUUCUCCUUCCUCCUCUACCGAUGAUGCCAAGGAAGCUCGCUGAUAAAGUGGAUUGCAGAUGAUUGCAGAGAGCCAUUCAAUCCGUUGACACCUGAACCUUCAAUUCGUUUUGGUGUACAGUGUCUUCAAAGUAUUGUGGUGUGUUUUUUUUUUUUGGUAAGGUAUCUUACAUUACAUGGUUCGUUUUCAAGUAAUGGGAGAGAUCUGUUUGUAGGUUGUGCAGCAAUAAAUGUUGUGGAUACUGAUAGU